AUGAACGCUGCGAACUAUCCUCUUGGUAAUCCGGUUCCGUUUAUCGAACAUGCUAUCUCAGUUUCUCUGCCAAGAUGGCAGGAUGUUGUGGGGUACGAAGAAAACUCUUCAGAGGUCGUUGACAAGAUGCAGACUGGGUAUCCUCGCUUCUUCAUUCAUAAGAGUAUCGAGAAGCUCGCCGCUAUCAUUGAGCAUAAAUCUGGCGCCACUACGGAACGCGCUAUGCUGUUUCCUUCUUUCGCAGUGGCCGAAGCAUGUCGGGCCUAUCUCGCAAUACGCUCUGUUUCCGCUCACAUCGUUCCCCAAACACCGCUCCCUUCGCCUACUUCCAUGACCACGCACGUUUUCACCGUAUUAUUUCCUCGGGACUCCUUUCCUGUAGCGAAACUGUUUUGGCAGCAUACAGGGCUAGGUAUCUCCAGCCGUUUUGCAGAACAUUAUCUUCGUAUCCUGCCGUCCUCUCCGGUAUCGAGCAAAUCACUCCAAUCGCGCGGGCUCAAAGCGGUGACAGGGAACAAGCACUAUGGCUCGAAACCGACACGGUCUCAUGUGGCACUGUCAAUUGCUUCCCCGUCGCUAACAAAUGCACACGAACCCCCUACGCAGUCGGCCUACGAAGAGGACUUUGGCAGAGAUCAGGCAGUGUUUUUCGAAGAACGUUACGGGCGCAACUUAGAUCUCUCCUCUGCAGCUCAUGCGAAAAUUGCCCUACGCCGGCGCAUCGCUGGAAUGCUCGUAGCUGGCGAGGAGUCUGGUGAAGACGAUGAAGUAGAGAUCGCCAAUGGACAAGACAUGCGGGGAGCUCCUGUUACGGAUGACGAUGUGUAUCUGUACCCUACGGGCAUGUCGGCAAUAUGGUCCUCGCAUCAACUUGCCUUGCAGACUCUCGGCGAGAGGAAAAGCGUUUGCUUUGGAUUUCCUUACGGCGAUACAUUGAAAGUUUUGGAGAAAUGGGGGCCAGGCGUCUACCACUUGGGCCAUGGCACCGACGCCUCUAUCGAUGAGCUCGAAACGAUUCUAUCCAGGCAAUUCUCUCUUGAUCCAUCGAAGCCUCCGGUCCUCGCACUCUUUACCGAAUUCCCCUCAAACCCUCUAUUACGGUCGGCAAACCUGCCGAGGCUCCGCAAGCUCGCCGACAAGUACGACUUUCUGCUUGUCAUUGACGACACACUGGGGAACUUCAUGAACGUGAAAGUUCUACCUUUCGCCGACAUUGUCGUGACCAGUCUCGCAAAGCUUUUUAGCGGCGACGCGAAUGUUAUGGGAGGAAGCUUGGUCUUGAACCCCUCGAGAAGGCAUUACAUCGCAUUGAAAGCGCAGCUGAAAAGCUCCUAUGAAGACACCUACUUUGACGAAGACGCCAUAUUCAUGGAGCGAAACUCGAGGAACUUCGCUAAAAGAGUCCCGCUCGUUGAUGAUAAUGCUGCUGCCGUCUGCGAGUACCUCCAUUCUACGGUCUCCAGCACUUCUGUAAUCACCGAAGUGUACUAUCCGAAGUACAUGACACCGUCCAACUACGAUGCCUGUCGCGUCAGACCGUCAGCCGGGUACGGUGGAUUAUUCUCCGUGGCCUUCGCUUCUUUGCAUGCGUCUCGGGCCUUCUUCGACAAUCUCCAAUGUUACAAAGGUCCAUCGUUAGGGACCAACUUCACUCUUGCCUGUCCGUUCACUAUCCUCGUCCACUACGCUGAAUUGGACUGGGCUGCCUCUUGGGGUGUUCCAGAGGGUCUGGUGAGGGUCAGUGUAGGACUGGAAGAUAGGGACCACCUGAUGCAGAUCUUCCGCGACGCUCUGGAGGCUGCAGAGCAGGCCCAACGCGAACAUCUGCUUUUGUCCGCCACCGCCACUUAA